AUGUCGUCAACGGCCACUCAGGAGGAAGACUCGCGUACCAUUACCCUCACCAAUGGCAAGACAUUCACCUUCGACUCGAAUGCGUCAACAACAGACGAAGCCAUCCCCGUCAUUGAUGUCUCUCGCAUGUACAGUGACAAAUUGGAGGACAGGAAGGCGGUAGCCGAAGAAAUUCGCGAAGCUGCUCAUGGCAUUGGCUUUCUCUCGAUCAUCAACCAUGGCGUGGACAUGAAACUUGCCCAAGAUGUGAUGGACGAGGCCAAGUCAUUCUUUGCCCUUCCCACCGAGAGGAAAAUGGAAGUUUGCACAGACUUGAUGCCUGAUGAGUAUUGUGGUUAUCACCCAAUGCAACACUAUAAUCCGAAUGGCUGGAAGAAGAGAGAUCUAUACGAGGCCUUCAACUGGAAUUACAAUGCGGCCAAUGACCCUGAUUUCCCAGAUGAAUCCAUUUCAGAGAUCAACCUUUGGCCGACAGAGUUGCCAGGCUUCAAGAAGAUCCUCUGCACGUAUCAAACGGAGAUGAUCAGGCUUGCUCGGAAACUGACGAGGAUGUUUGCGUUGGCGCUGCAUAUUCCUGAGGACUCCUUUGAAGAUAUGGUGCAGAGACCAGAGGCGGGCUGCAGGAUACUACAUUACCCUCAACAGGAAACAUCUCGUGACGAACAGAAUGGCAUAGGGGCCCAUACUGACGUCGAAUAUUUCACCAUCAUUACGGCCGACGCUGAAGGCCUCGAAGUUCUCAGCAAGUCUGGCCGGUGGAUCAAAGUCAAGCCGAUUCCGGGCUCAUUCAUUGUGAACAUCGCAGACUGCUUCAUGCGGCAAACGAACGACUUUUUCGUGAGUACAGUCCACCGAGUGAUCAACGAAAGCGGACGAGAGAGAUACUCGGUACCAUUCUUCUGGGGGUUUGACCGGCGAAGCGUGAUCAACCCUAUUCCUACUUGCGUCAGCGAAGACAAUCCGAACAAAUACGAAAUCAUGACUGCAGGAGAAUAUUACUUGUGGCGGACUAGGCGACAGAAGAUAAUGUGGAAGAUUGGAGAGGGUCAGGUACAGCCUUAG